UAUUGUGUCGUAUCGUAUCGUGCGCUAUAGUAGUUGGUUACAGUCGGAUUUUGCUCCUCCCAUCGUUCUCUCCGACUCCGAAACCCUAAUUUGCCGAGCGAGUUCGUCCGAAUCGGAGACUCCGAGGCCCUGACCGAUCGAUGGGUGCGAUCUCGCUUCCGUCCCCCGCGUCGUGGAUUUGGUGGGAUUCUCUUGGGUGAAGCUGUGCGGCUUCGCGAUUUUGUUUUCCCGGUGAUAUCCGUCGCUAGGGUUGCGGUUUGACUUGCAUUUUUCCCCUGAUCGUGGUCGCGGUGGUCGGAUGGAAGCUCGCGUCGGGAACAAGUUCCGCCUCGGUCGCAAGAUUGGGAGCGGUUCCUUCGGAGAGAUCUAUUUGGGUACUAAUAUCCAAACGAACGAGGAAGUUGCGAUUAAACUCGAAAACGUGAAGACAAAGCAUCCCCAGCUGCUAUAUGAGUCAAAGCUGUACAGGGUUCUUCAAGGAGGAACUGGAAUUCCAAAUGUCAAAUGGUAUGGUGUUGAGGGUGAAUAUAAUGUCCUCGUGAUAGACUUACUAGGUCCAAGUCUUGAAGAUCUGUUCAACUUUUGCAGCCGAAAACUUUCUCUAAAGUCUGUUUUGAUGCUUGCGGAUCAGAUGAUUAAUCGAGUGGAAUUUAUGCAUUCUAAAUCAUUUUUACACCGAGACAUCAAACCAGACAAUUUUCUUAUGGGCCUUGGUAAACGAGCUAAUCAGGUUUACAUUAUUGAUUUUGGCCUUGCCAAGAAGUAUAGGGAUACUUCAACUCAUCAGCAUAUUCCGUAUAGAGAGAACAAAAAUUUGACUGGGACAGCAAGGUAUGCAAGUGUGAACACACACCUUGGCAUAGAACAAAGUCGGAGAGACGAUUUGGAAUCUCUUGGAUAUGUUCUUAUGUACUUCUUAAGGGGGAGUCUUCCAUGGCAGGGUCUAAAAGCAGGAACCAAGAAGCAGAAGUAUGAAAAAAUCAGUGAAAAGAAAGUUGCCACAUCAAUUGAGGCUUUAUGCAGGGGAUAUCCUUCAGAGUUUGCGUCAUACUUCCAUUAUUGCCGUUCACUACGAUUUGAGGACAAGCCUGAUUAUGCAUAUCUUAAGAGACUGUUCCGCGAUCUUUUUAUCCGCGAAGGUUUUCAGUUUGAUUAUAUAUUUGAUUGGACUAUUUUGAAGAUUCAGCAAUCACAGAUAGCUGGUGCUCCUCCCCGUGCUAUUGGUCCGAGUGUAGGUCCUAGCUCUGGCCUGACACCUCCCAUCGCCAAUGAUAAGCAGUCAGGUGGUGAGGAAGGGCGGGCAAGUGGUUGGUUGGCGAUGGACCCAUCUCGCCGUGGACGAAUGACACCUCCAUCUGUAAAUGUAGGCAGCUUAUCAAAGCAAAAAGCCCCUGUGGGGAAUGAUCCAUCUGUCAAUAGAGAUGCAAUGUUUUCCAGUUCAACUUUUUUGGGACGGUCAAGCGGGUCCUCAAGGCGAGCUGCUGUUUCCAGUAGCAGAGAAGUGACCGGUGUUGAGGCAGAUCAAUCUCGCAGUCGUACCGCAGAUGCCAGCCCAGGGACUUUCCGCAAGGUUUCAAGUGCUCGGAGAAGUUCACCAAUUGGUUCCAUGGAGCACAGGUAUACUUCUGGAAGGAAUGUAUCUACAAUAAAGAAUUACGAGUCCACGCUGAAAGGAAUCGAGGCCCUUAACUUUGACGGCGAAGAAAGAAAGCAGUUAUAGUGACUGCAAGUGCCGCUGCAACUUAUUUUAUGUUUCUUCAGCGCAAUUCAUGAACUAAAGUAAGAGAACACUUUGUGAUGUUUUCUCCUGUGAGUGAAGAACAAGUCUGAGACAACUGUGGAUGUGAAUUGCUGAUUUGAGGUGCCUCAAAGACGAAAAACAAUUACAAGGUUGGUCUCAUCGUCCAAGGAGCUCUUCGUGCAUUUGCCCGAACCUAGGUGGCUCCUCUCCUGUGUGGAUUGCUGUCCUUUUUUAUUUCAUUGUAAUUCUUGGAAGUUCUUAUGCUUUGAUUAUACAUUUCAAUCCAUCGCUUCCCAAACAAUUCCGUUUGGGCUUCUGACCGA